AUGGCUGACAGGGAUCUGCAAGAACGAAUUUUAAAGUUUUUAAAUUCAAAAUCUAAGAAGAAGGAAGCUGCUGCGAAAAUUAUUCAAGCUCUCAGAGUACCAAAAAAGUCUCUUAACAAUCAGCUGUACAAAUUACUACGUGAAGGACGUGUUGUCAAAUGUGAAGAAUCCCCGCCAGUUUGGGCUCUGCCUGGGAGUGGGGCUGUCUCUUCAUUGCCAGUCGCAACACGACGUUCUAGGCGUGCUUCUGGGGAUAUUAUCUCAAACAAAAAGCAGAAAGACGAUGCAGAUCUAAAAUAUAAGAUACUAGAGUAUCUAAAUGGAAGAUCUAAGCCAAGCAAAUCUCUUGAAAUUGCUAAGGGAACUGGUCGCUCACGAGCAAGUGAGGUUAACACCACUCUAUAUGGUAUGUUAAAAGAGGGAUUGAUAAAGAAGAUUUCAGAGAAACCACCAACAUGGGCCUUGGUCACAGAAGUGAAACCUCAGUAUAGUCAAGGUGCAGAAGGCAUUGGAUUUGGUGCUUCAGCAGAGAAUAACCAGUCUGGUAACUAUUUCUCUCAAGGUCAAGGUAUCCCAGAAUUUCAGGAAAGAGAACUCUUCAAGACAGAGCCUCUUUUUGGAUCUGAGACAUUUUCAGGAUGCGCACAUUUGAAAGAAGAAAAUGAAGCUGGCUGUAGUAAUAUAAAGAAUGAACAAAGUGAAGGUUUUUUUCCUGCCGAAGAUGAUAUGGAUGUUUCAUCACAAGGAUCAAGUGAAAUUAAUGAAAGGUAUGAAGACAAUAACAUUUCUGAAGGGACUGGUAACUAUGGUGAUCUUGAUGAUGAUGCUGUUGAAUGUGAUGGAGAUACAUUUGACAAACAAGAGCAAGAUGCUGAACAAAGAAUGGAUAUGUUGAAUUUUGAUGGAAAAUUGUCGGCCAUUAAAACAGAGAAUUCUGGAGGAAUGAUUGGGUGUACAGGUAAUUCUGGAACUGGUCUAGUUAAUGAAAAUGUUUGUGCAAAGAAACAUGCUUGGAAUGUUGUAAGAAACCAGAAUGAUGAAAGUCUUGAAGAUGAUCAUGAGUAUGAUAGUAUAAAGAAACCAAAGACAUUUAGGGAUGUGUUUAAUCUAGAUGAUCCAAUAUCUGAGGAUUCAAAUAAUUCUUUCAAAAGUGGACAAGAUAUUGACAGUGAACUUCCAUCAGAACAUGAUGUUACUGCAAGUCAAGCUGUUAAAUCAUUAACAUCAUGUAAGAGUGAAUCCAGCAUCUCUGAAUAUACAGAAAACCAAGACACACCAAAACUAUCUGCAAGUUCUUCUGAAGUAGAUACACCAGUGCAGAAGAAUGUUCAGGGUUCAUGGAGUACUCCCCAAAUACUUGAUAUUGCCCUUGAUUUAAGUGAGAUCUCGGGUUCACCUGUAGUUCAGGCAUCUCAAGAUAGUAAGUCAGAUGAUCUUAAUGAUUCACCGGAACAGGAAACUAUGGUAAAUACUGAACAUGAUUUAGAAGCAAAGGAUGAGAUAAGUCAAGUAGAGAUGGAUGAGGAUACUUUUGGAGAUCAAUUGACGGAUGAUGUUCAAAAUGAUAUGAAAUCUGAUGAUCUUGAUAUGGAGGACUGUGAUAAAGUUUUAAAAGUUCUUCAAGAACUAAAAGCUAUUGCCCAAUUUGUUCUAAAAAGAAAAACAGAUAUUCCUCCUGAACACUUAGAUGAAGUUUUGCAAAAAUGCUUAUCAUUGAAGUAUGUGUCAGGCAGUUCAAAAUUGUGGAAAAUAACAGAUGAAGGUGUUACUUACAUUAGUAAGAAAACAGGGAAAAAUAAUAUUCAAAAGAAAUUUGAGCAGAAUAUUCAGACAGAAAAGAAACUUAAACCUAAUUUUAAAGGCCCACCACCAUCACCAAUGGCACUUUUAAAUAAAGAAGGGGCUGAUUUAAGUGGAAAUAAUGGGGUUGGAAAUGACUUGAGACAAAAUAUAAGACCAUCUUGUGAGACAUUAACUUCUCAUAGUCCCAACUCUUUGUUCAAGCCACCUCCAGUUAGAAAUGGCAAUUCUUCAACCCGUACUGAAAACAGUGGCCCUCAGUCCCUCAUGUCCAUUAAGUUUGAUUCUAAUCCAUUAGAUAGGUCAGAUAAGAGAAAUUUGUCGAACCAAGGACCAUUUAGUCAGGAAAUACCUCAACCUUUGAUGUCUCUUCAAUUUGAACCAAAUUUGAUAAAUACAACAAAACUGAUUCCCUCACAGAAACAGGAAAGUGACAAGUCAAGUUACAUGGAAAUUAAUUUUCAAACUGCUUGCAAACCACAGUUGACUUUAUCACAAACUUCUAUGAGAACAACUCCAGUUACUCAAGAACUUACUAAACGUGAUAUACCAGAUAAAUAUGCAGACUAUCCAAAUCGUUCAGCAAGUAUGCAAUGCCUUAAAACUAAGACACAGUCUCAAUCUUCCGACAGGUCAAGUAGUAGUAGAAACCAAAGUAAAAGUGCAUUUAAUAAAGGUCCGCCACCUUCACCAUUAGAUAUUUUAUCUAAGAGUUUGAAAAAGACAGAAAUUUCACCUCCAAGUAGUUUUAAGGAUAAGAUAUCUGUAAGUCAGUCAAGUGGACUAUUUUCUACAACGUCUUAUACUAUGUCAAACAAAACUUUAACUCAACCUAUAGAGAAUAAGUCUAUGUUUUCAUUAGGACAGUUUGCCUCUCAAAGUCGUAGCUCAGACAGUAAAAUUGAACAUUCUGUUAACCAGUCUAGUCUCAUGCAGACUGGUUCUUUGUUUGGGAGUGAAAAUAGACAGACUGUGUUCAAAAAAUCAGAUCAGAUGAUGUUGCAGUCUUCUACACAAAGUUUAGAAGGUAAACCAAAAUCUAAAGGACCACCACCCCCACCAGCUGUGAAAUUAGGGCUACAGUUGCCUCAGUCCACACCCGCACUUGUACCAAAACAAGCCCAAAAUUUCCCAAAACCAAAUCUUGGUCUUGUGCUCAAUACUGAAAGUUUUAAUGCUUUAAACAAGAAUCCAGUUAGUGCUCUGAUGGAAUAUGCCCAGUCACGAAAAAUGGUUGCUACAGUUGAAGUUUUAAACAGGAAGGGAUCUUCACAUAAGCCAACUUUUGAGAUGGCAGCAUUUGUAGGGAAGCGUAAGUUCCCAUCAGUCACCUGCCAUAACAAGAAAGAUGGGAGAAAAGAAGCGUGUGAUAUUGCUAUGAGGCAACUGGUAGCAGAGGGACAGUUCCAGGCAGAAAAUGCAGCAUCUAAUGCAGGCUCUAUCCCUCCAGUGCCUGCUGCCAAUAUGACACAUUUUGACACAGUUGCUGCGCUCACUCACCGUGGGUUCACUGCCCUUGUAUCCCAGAUUACCGCUGAAUCUUUUGCUGGACGUAAAGUUAUAGCUGGACUAGUUAUGAAAAGAUCAGCAGACGAUGUUGGUGUCUUAGUCAGUCUAGGAACAGGUAACAGGUGUAUCACAGGGCAACAAUUGAGUCUCCAAGGUAACACAGUGAAUGACUCGCAUGCUGAGAUCAUAACUAGGCGUGGAUUUUUGAGGUUUUUGUAUAAACGGCUUAUGGAGUUUGACCCUAAUAGACCCCAUCCGAUGCUGGAGAAAUCUCCCAGGGGUAAAUUACAAAUAAGACCAAAUAUAUCCUUCCAUCUGUACAUCUCUACAGCACCUUGUGGUGAUGGAGCUUUAUUUUCACCAAGGGAUGUUGAGUCAGCUAAAGCGCCGUUAGAUACCCGUAUACGACCCCCACAUGAACCUACAUUCUCUAGCAAUGUACAGGGACUACUGAGAACUAAAGUUGAAGGAGGUGAGGGCACAAUUCCUGUAGAGCCAGGGUUCAAAGUUCAAACAUUUGAUGGUAUACAGAGGGGUGAAAGGUUACGAACAAUGUCCUGUACAGAUAAAGUUUGUAGGUGGAAUGUUGUGGGUUUGCAAGGGGCAUUACUAAGUCAUUUCCUGGAACCUAUAUAUUUGGAUUCUCUCACUUUAGGUUUAUUAUAUGAUCAUGGACAUUUAUGUCGGGCGGUGUGUUGUAGAGUGGGCCGUGGUAACAGGGAUGUAAACAGUGAGCUACCGCCAGGUUUCAAGCUGAAUCACCCAUGGUUAGGCAGAGUGACUGCGUGUGAUCCUCCUAGAGAAGUACAGAAAACUAAAGCUCUCAGUAUAAAUUGGUGUUUUGGAGACAAUGCACCGGAAGUCACUGAUGGUACACAGGGACUUUGUUUCACUAGCAUAGAGAAGGGUUUUUUCUCACGUUGUUCCAAGCAUAAUUUAUUCACAAGUUUCAAGUCAUUAUGUGAGAAGUUUGGUCGGCAAGAUUUACUCUCUGUAAACUCUUAUAACGAGGCUAAGAUGGCAGCACAAGAUUUUGUGUCGGCAAAAGAGACAAUGUUGAGACGAUUUAAAGAGAAUGGAUUUGGUAAAUGGGUUUCUAAACCAGUGGAGGAAGAAAUGUUUGGAUAUGAUGAAAAGAAUUGAUAUGAUGGUAAAAAGCUAUGGACAAAUGUUCUUGGAAAUCUAUAGACUUACAAACAGUUAUUUUUUUAACCAUCCAAAGCAAUAUAUUUUUUUACUAAAAUGUUGCAAUGCUGUACAAGUCAUUAGAAAAGAAAAGCUUGCUAUGAAUCACAUUUUAUAUUUAAAUGCUGCAGUGUUACAUGGCAUGUUUGCAAAUACAUGUAUAGAUUGAUUUCAAAAGUAUUACAGUGAUAACAAGUUUUAUUGUCCUUUGAAACACAUUUUUGUUGAAUAAGUAAUUAAUCAUGAAUGACAAAUCUUUACAGGUAGAAAUUUUAUAGGUUAUCUAUGAAUAAUGUUUGAAAAUAUGUAGCUGUAAGCUUUCCAGUUUUUAAAAUUGAUUAAUACAUACACUAGUAAGUCUGCCAAAAUGAAAACAGGAUAAAUACGGAGCUUAGCGUGGUGGAGUUCUCUCAGCAUUUAGGGGCAUUGAGCAAGCUGAACUGUAUUAUUAUAGCCUAAUAAAUAUUACAGAAUUUAAUAUAUGUAAAUAGAUAUAAGUGCAAUAAUUAUUUUGUUAAGGCAAGUUCUAGGUUGUCAGUACAAGUUUUAUAUUGUUCAGAAAUUAUUUGAUAAUGCAUAUUAAUUCAUGUAUAUAUUACUUUGUUGCUGUUUUUGUUAUGUUGUGGGUUUUGAGAAACUAAAAUUCUUCUUACAGUAGUUGGUUUUUUUGUGUUUUGCUCUCGUGCAGGCACUAAGUGCUCAAAGGUGCGUUUAAGUGAUAUCAUGAUGUCUAUUAUCACAUUAUCCACAAUUUCUAUAAACAAUAUAUCCCUUUAACCCAUUACCCCAUGAGCAUUUUGUGAAAAAUGGCUGUUUUCAUUGAAAAGUGUCCUGUUUCAAGUUCAACUUGCUAUGAAACUAUAAAAACUGCUUCAAUACUAAUCAAACUUUGCACAAAUGUUGACUGGACCAUU